AUGGGUUUGGUGGUGGUUAUAUCUCUUCCUCUGAUUUUUUUCUGUCUUCUUCUUGGGUUUGGCUGCUAUUUCCUCGGUAAAACUCGCAGCCGUCGUGAGAUUCAAACAAAUCAUCAGGUGUACGGUGCUCCUGCCCCACCUCCCGGUGCAACCAUCUCUGCCGCCUCCUCUCCGCCAUUGUCUCCUCCCACCAAGCCCGACAAUUCACACAACGUCUGA